AUUCCAAUUUAGAAAAUUCCAAUUUGACAUCAUGUAGAUUCACUCUGAAUACACUUUUAACUUUGAUUGGGAGACUGUAAUUAAAGGGUUCUGGAGGAAAUAUCCAUGCAAAGAAUUUGAUUUUAUCCAAUUCAACUAAGUUGUAGAUAUGAUCGUUGACGAUGAUAAUAAAAUGUAAAUAAAAAGAAUUGUAAGAACUUUUAAAUAGAUUUAGGUUUAUGCACGCAAAUUUGCUAUUUGGUGUUUAACAUUAGAAGAUAUCACUUUUGAUCUUGAAAACAGAAGUAUGUAGAUGAAAACAAAAUUACUUAAAUCAUGCAAAUUUUAUCCUAAUCUAACAGGUGAUGAAUCAAUCAUCUAUAAAUCAAUAGAUAAUUAACAUACUCAUUAUUCUGUACUUUUAUUUUAUAUAAGUAGAAACUUUUAUCGAAUUUUCAUCAAGGUUUUUUUACAAAAUUAUUAUCACAAUUCAACAAUUCAUUUAAAAAGGGUAUAGAUGUUGUAGAGGCACGAUGUAGAGAGCUUUAAAAUAAUAAAUGAAUAAUAUUAUAAUUAACC